AUGAGUUCCAUCGGUACCGGUUACGAUCUCGCUGCUUCGACCUUCUCUCCAGAUGGUAGAAUUUUCCAAGGUAACAAAUAAGCUCAUUAUUGACUUGGAAAACGUCUUUUUGCAGUUGAAUAUGCGCAGAAGGCCGUUGAUAAUGCGGGAACGAUGAUUGCGAUCCGUGGAAAGAACGGAAUCGUGAUUGUCGCCGACAAACUUAUCUCCUCGAAACUGUACACUGACGUAUGUUCUCCGCAUUUCAUGAAUCGGGUAGAAUUUGUCAAUUCAGAACGCGAAUCCGAGGAUGUUCAAUGUCAACGACAACGUUGGAAUCGGAAUCGCUGGAAACUACCCGGACGGUUUCUCGCUGAAAAACUACGCCUACGGAGAGGCGAUGAAGUGGCUGAAAGACUACCGUGAGCCGAUGCCAGUGCAGAACAUUGCCAACUCGGUCGCCGAGUACAUUCACAUUCACACUCUCGGCAUCAGUCGUCCAUUCGGAGCUGGAGCAUUCUUCACUUCGUGGAGCAAACUAGAGGGAGGCCGCUUGUUCCUCGUCGAGCCGUCUGGUCUCAACUAUGAGUACAAGGCUUGGGCCGUCGGAAAGCAUCGACAGGCAGCAAAGGCUGAGAUCGAGAAGCUGAAAAUCGACGAGUUGGACGUGAACCAUCUGGUGAAGGAAGCAGCCCGAAUCAUCAUUUCCAUUCGUGACGAGAACAAGGACAAGAAUGUGCAGAUCGAGAUGGGAUGGGUCGGAGAGCACACGAAAGGAAAGUACGAGCCAGUGCCCGAUGAGAUCGUCACUGCCGCCGAAGAGUGGGCCGCCGCCAAGCUCGACGAGGACGACAUGGAAGAUUGA